AUGGCGGCAAAUAUCGACCCUGAAUUUGAAGUGGAGGAAAUUUUAGAUUCCAGGAAAUUUGUGUGUGAAAAUGGUAAUUUCCGAGUCUGGUAUUUUAUUAAAUUUCAAAAUUGUCCAGAUUCGGACAAUCAAUGGCUGCCAACUUCCUAUUGUAAUUGCCAUUCACUUGUGAGGCAAUAUUAUAGGAAGAAAAAAGAGCGUGAAUUAGGAGCUAAUGAAAAUGCUGUGGCCCCAACUUCGCCUUCUGCCCCCUAUCCUUCUUCACCCAUUCCCGGUUCACCUUCUCCGACUCCAUCGUCUCCUUCUUCAGAAUUUUCUCCUCUUCCUCGUCCAGUUUCUUCCUCUCCUUCUUCUUUUUCUUCAUCUUCUUUACCACUACUUAUUUCUCCGUCCCCUACUUCUCCGUCCCCAACUUCUCCGUCCUCAGCUUUUCCGUCCCCAACUACUCCGUCCCCAACUUCUCCGUCCCCAGCUUUUCCGUCCCCAACUACUCCGUCCCAAGCUUUUUCGUCCCCAACUUCACCGUCCCCAACUUCACCAGCUCCAGGUCCAGCUCCAGGUCCAGCUCCAUCUUUACCAGCUCUAGGUCCAGCUCCAGGUCCAGCUCCACCAUCUGAAAUUCCCAAUCCAGAGGGAAUACUAAAAAAAAAAUAAAUAAAUCAAAAAAGAAAAGAGUUAGGCAUAUCGACAAAGUUGCCAAACACAGGAUUUGCCACAACGUAAGUUAAGGUUUUUUUUAUAUUUUUAUUCUAAAAAA